CCAGGGGCGGGGAGCGCGGCGCCGGCCCCGCCUGUGGCGCUCCGUGGAGCUGUUCAGCGCCCAGGUGCUGAGUCUCCCCCCGGCUCACGGAGGCUCCGGCGGCUCUCCCUUCUCACCGCUUCCCGGCGCGGCUAUGGCUCCGGCGCUCAACCGCCCGCUCGGGGCACUCUGAGCGCCGCGCCCCGGCGCAGAUGCGGCAGAUCCAGGCGCCCCUGGUUCCGCGGGGGGACGCGGCAGAUUUUCUUUUUGUCUCUGGAGCAUUUCGUUAUGGCAGCGUGCAGUGAACAAUGACAUGCUUUGACAAAUACAGAUGCCAAAAAGCCAAACAGAAACCGUGGCCUUCUUUUCUUUCUACUCCAACACAGUGAAAUGGUGCUCUUACAGUUUUGUUAUUGACUCUUACUGGAAAAAACAAACUUCUGACUGGACCUUUUGUUCCCCAAACCUCUCCCAGUGUUGCUAUGGAUGCUUGACACAGAGACACCAUGUAGUAGGCCCUGAAUUGUUGUCAUAACUAAGUUGCAAUGGUUUUAUAUACUUCCCCAUUUCCCAACAGCUUUCUGUCAGUUCUGCAUUCCUUUUCCUGGGGCCUAAUUUUCCCAUGUUACUGGUUUGCAGAUAGGCUUGUGGCCUCUUUCGUUCCAACUACCUAUGAAAAACGUCAAAGAGCAGACGAUCCAUGCUAUUUCCAUGCACUCUGCAUCAUUAUCACCACUCCCAUCUACCUGGCGCUGCUGGUGGCCUCUCUUCCUUUUGCUCUGAUAGGCUUCUUGUUAUGGUCCCCUCUCCAGUCAGCCAGAAGGCCAUAUAUCUACUCCAGACUAAAAGACAAGAGCCAUGCCAACGGAGCCGCGCUGCUCAGUGAGUGGAAGGCUGCAGGGAAUGGGAAAAGCUUUUGCUUUGGCAGUGCCAAUGUUUGCCUGCUGCCAGAUUCUCUGGCGAGAUUUAAUAAUGUGUUCAACACACAGGCCAGGGCUAAAGAGAUUGGCCGGAGGAUCCGAAAUGGGGCAAGCAGACCACAGAUCAAGAUAUAUAUAGAUUCUCCUACCAACACAUCCAUAAGUGCAGCGAGUUUCAGCAGCCUGGUGUCCCCCCAGGGUGGAGACAGCACUAACCGCACUGUUAACGCCGGCAUGAAAAGGACAACAUCAAUGGAGUACAAAGGAGACAAUUCUGGCUCCAACAACAGUGAGGAUGGUAGGGAUGAUAAAGCUGGAUCUGGAGAGCCAAAUGAAGGAGAGGAAAAUACUUGUAUUGUCCGCAUAAAUGGAGAGGACAACGGCCACAUGUCAGACAUAGAAACAGACAUUGUCAAUGGCCAGGCUAAUGCCAGCGGCACAGCAGAACACUUGCUGGAAGGCGACACGGAGAUCUCAAAAACGCCUAACCACAAACAGAAGGAUGGAGAUUCUGGCAGUUUAGACAGCUACUCUGCCUCAAGAGAGUCACUAGUUAAGGUUCGUGUUGGAGAUGGGACAGUGGACCAAAGCACUGUUAACAACAAGCUCCUCUAUAAAGCUUCAAUCAUGAAGAAGACUUCAGUACGGAAAAAGAAACAUAUGGAUGAGACCUUUGAUCAUGAGAUCUCUGCUUUCUUCCCUGCCAACUUGGACUUUCUGUGUUUGCAGGAAGUGUUUGACAAAAGAGCUGCAGAGAAAUUGAAAGAGCAGCUUCAUCACUAUUUUGAAUACAUUGUCUAUGAUGUUGGGGUCUACGGUUGCCAUGCCUGCUGUAGCUUUAAGUUUGUGAACAGUGGUCUGCUUUUUGCCAGCCGCUAUCCUGUUAUGGAUGCUGCCUAUCACUGUUAUCCCAAUGGAAGAGGAACGGACUCCUUGGCUUCCAAGGGAGCCUUGUUUCUCAAGGUGCAAGUGGGAAGUACACCUCAGGACCAAAGAAUUGUGGGAUACAUUUCCUGCACUCACUUGCAAGCUAUUGCAGGAGACACUACUGUUCGAUGUGAGCAACUGGAUAUGCUUCAAGAUUGGCUGUCUGAAUUCAGAAAAUCUACCUCCUCCUCCAGCACAGCCAAUCCAGAGGAGCUGGUGGCUUUUGAUGUAAUUUGUGGAGAUCUCAACUUCGAUAACUGCUCCUCUGAGGACAAGCUGGAGCAACAGCAUUCUCUGUUUACACACUACAAAGACCCAUGUCGAAUUGGUCCAGGGGAGGAUAAACCAUGGGCAAUAGGUACCUUGCUGGAUCCUGAAGGAUUAUAUGAUGAAGAAGUGUUCACUCCAGACAACCUACAGAAGGUGCUGGAAAGUGAAGAUGGAAGGAAAGGAUACUUAGUCUAUCCCACCAGCAAGAACCACGGUUCCAGUCAAAAGGGGAGGAAGGCAUCAUUGAAAGGAAACGGCAGGAGGAUUGACUACAUGCUUUAUACAGAAGAAGGUCUCUACUUGGAAUGGAAAGUGGAAGUAGAAGAGUUCAGCUUUAUUACCCAGCUAGCAGGCUUGACAGAUCACCUACCAGUAGCAAUGCGUCUCAUGGUGUCUACAGGAGAAGAUGACCCUUAAAACUUACCAGCUUGGAGAGAUUAGAAGAAGGAAAUGUUAACGAUAUUAAGAAAAUAUCACAAGAUUGGAAUGAACUAUUCUGGUGCCACAUUAGGAAAAAUGACCAGACCUGACCCAGGCUACUCCCCAGAACGUACCAACAAUGGAGUAUAAAAAAAGGGAAGAAAUUGAAGGCUGUGGCCAAAAGCCACUGUCACAAGUUGCUCAGGCAACAGGGCAGGCCUGUACUACAAUGUUUUCACUGUGGACCGAAUGGAACUAAGAUGGAAGUCCUAACUCCUUCUGAACCAGUGCCAUUCUUACUAAAACAUGUUUUUAUACUAAUAUAUAGCACAAUUUAGUUUGUAAUUAGUCUGUGGGUUAGUGCUGCUCAAUGGUUUUUUGCUUAAUUUCUUUGUAUAACUAAGAAGCUAAAGCUUUUUUUCUUUUCUUUAGCCUGUUGAAGUUGUAGUAGCGUGCUUGCAUCAGUAGCAUGCGCCCGCACUGCAUGCCACUCUGAGAUAAACUAGUAAGAUACCAUGGGGAAUAUCAGAAUGGAAGUUAAUUCAAAAAUCAGAUACCAGCCAAAACAAGGCAUUCUGGGACUAGCAAACCCUUCCAUCAUUACAGAAAGAUAUUAAAGCAAACAAAGGAAAACUCUGUUCUAUUUGAAAACCAAUAUUAUCCUCUCUCUUUUAAGGAUAUUUGUAACGAAAAGUAGAAUUAAGACAUUAAGACAUUUUAUCACCCUUCUUCCAGCUGCGUUGCCACUGGAACUGUUAAGUGUUUUGUCUGAAUAAUGACUCCAGAAUUGGGCCUUUGCUUUUCUAACCACAAGUCAUUCCCUUAAGAAGAAAUACGGUUCCCCUGUAAUGUUUUUUUUUCUCUUAUCCACGUGGGGCAGUUCUGAAUUAUGGUAUGGGAUGAUGUAUGUAUUACAGUAGAGUGAAUAGAUUCCUGCAGUACCGUUGGGAACACCAGAGCCAACAUUCUGCCUUAGCUAGGAAGAGUAAAUGGGAAAUAGCUUGUAAAAUGCAUGUUAGAUAUAGAGUUAACGUAAAUGACGUUCUGGGGGAAAGUAUAGAACAGUGUUUAACCAAUAAGGCAGGAUUGACUUCAUUCUCCAAAGGAAUCAGUACACUUGAAGGGAAAGCACAGCACAGGUAGCUACAGAGUAGCUAGAGAACUGAAGUGUGACUCAGCACUCAGCAAUGACUGCCUUUGAGCUGAGCCUAGAAGCAGUCUGUGAGACACAGCCCAUUUGUUACACACUCGCAGACUUCCAGUAGGGGUUUUACAGUAAAAUUCAUAUAUUCUUCCCACUGCAGCUCCUUAAAUGUGGGGCCGCCCCCAGUUUGCCAUCUUAUUCCAAUGACCUGACCUGCUCAGACUCUAUAACUUUAAUUUAAUUAAAAAAAGAAAAAAAAAAAAGAAAAAAAAAAGCUGAGAGUCAGGUCCAUAGAGAUUUCAAUUCAAAAGGGUUUGUGUUGAUAGAAAAAUGAAACCCCUUGUGUUUUAACCAAUACUUAGUUUCUUCUGCUUAAUUCCUCUCCAAUAUUUGAGGUCUUACUUCUAUAUUGCAAGCUCCCCAUGUUGAGGAGAAUUAGUCUAAUACUAACUCCAUUAAAUAAACUCUUCUUUCAGUUAUGCUGGCCACAAACUCCUGAUGAUCUUGUUAUGGUUUAGUUUAUACCUGCUAGGAAUCAGCUUGAGCUAAAUCAAAAGAAAUUAGACUUAAAUUAGAAAUCCUAGUCUGCAGAGCCUCUUGUACUGGCUUAAUUAACUACAGUAAACAACUGAACUUAUAUUUAGAUCAGCCUGAUUUUGCAAGUUGCAGACUCUUCGUAGUCACGGAAGUACUGCUCAGACAGCACUGGCUCAUUCCCAGGAGGCUGUAGGCCCCUGCUCACGCUCUCCCAGGGCCCCUCUACUACUGACGUGUCCUACGCCUCAUUCCCAGUCCUGGCCUCCCUUCAGCAGAGACUGCCUCUUGCAAGUGUACUGUGCCAAACCAUGCGGUACUCUGCAAAGUAACCCAUGGGGACUAAAAAAUGGAUCCAGACUCAAUUCCCCCUUUUGAUAAAAUUAGGAAUUCAAGUUUACAGCAUCAGAGACUUUAGUGUACUGUCCCAGUGCACCACCAGUUUCCCACUUUGUACGUUUCUCUUUAUACAGAGGGUGCACGUAAGUGCAAUGUGUUUUUCUGGUUUCUUAUCUUUCCAUCCAAUUCAGAAAGACUUGUACCUGAAAUAAUGCUUUUAAUCCUAUUUUCUACCUUGCUUGUAUUUUAUGAACCUUUUUAAAAAAGAAAAAAAAAAUACAAACAGUAUCAGUAGCAAUUUGUGUGCUGUCCAGCAGCUAUUUCUCAGUAGUAAGAUUAAAUAUAAGGUACGGUAUUUUUAAUAGCUUUCCUAACAAUGUAAAUUACAAUUUGAUAUCCAUUUCGCUAAGUGUCAGUCGCAGGAGCUGAAUUUGACACUGUGUGGGACAUAGUCAUAAACUACUGCCAAACAAUCUUUCAUUAUUUACAGUAAAACCAACUUUGUCUAAAUUACUUCAAAAUCAGUUCAACAGCUUUGUGCUGACCAAAAAUGAGGCACUUUUGUCAACUUUUUGAAAUAUGUUGAGAAAUAUUUUUUUCAAAUUCGAAGUGAACUGUUUUAGAUUUUGAUGUUCUUAGCUUUUCAGUGAUCAGUACAUGGAUAGAUGUAAAGCAUUCUCUUUAAACAGUGCACACGCAUUUAACCAGUCUAAGUAGUUCUUAACUAAUUUACUGUCUUAAGGAUCUACCUUUGCAAGAGACUGAUGCUGGGAGGUACAGCUGUGUGGCACCACUGUACAGAUGCUCCUUGCUUUUUUUGCAUUGAUCCUGUGCCUUCUGAUGCCUUGAUAAUCUUGCAGAAGUCAGAGAGCAUAUGUACCGGUAAACUGUACAGAAACUUUCUUUUCCAGAAGAGCAACAUCCUGGGUAGAAAACAGUUCAGCUACACUACUACUACUCUUCCAUACCCUGUCUCACAAAGAACCGUUCCGACAAUGUCAGUCCUGGCAGGAUAUCAAUCAUGACAAGCCUUAGAUGUAACAGCAUAUUCACAUAAAAAAGGGCAGAGUAUUCCCAGGAAAUUGAACCCUGGAUAGCUUUUCUAGAUGUCAAUCCUACUUUGCUGAAGGACGGCACGACAAUUUAUUAGUAGGAUGUUAUUAAUAAGAAAUUUGAGUUAAGCUUAAUCUACUGUUGCUUACCCCACUUUGUACAGGAGUUUCAGAUAUCAUCAAGAAGUGGGUGAUAAUGCUAUUCUUGGUUUAAUAACUGCCACUCAACAUGGCUACUGUAGAUGAUGUGUCAUCUGUUUUUAUAAAAGCUAGAUAACAUCUUCUGUUUCUCAUGUUCAAUUUGCAUUUCACAAUAGCAGUUCUAGAACAAGUGAACAAAAGACACAAAUGAGGACAGCUGAAAACUGAACUUCCAGAAGAUUCAAGGAUGUCAGGUCCUUAUAAAGUCAGUACCUUUAGAUCACUUCAGGAACACAACCUACAGAGAACAGAAUGUAGCUUCUCAGGCACGUUCAGAGCCAGUUCCUCUGUGCACUGUUUGGCGGCCUGAAAGGGACACACGAGCCACCUGCUUUCCACCACAGCUCAGCCACUGAGGCGAGGGUCGUGAUGCUUCAUGCUAUGUGAGAAAGUGUUUACCAAAUAAUUACAGUAGUGGCCAGCUAGCUCUAUUGUCAUUGCCAACUGGAUGCUUAAUUGAAGCAGUCCAAAGCAGCUUAACAAACUGUGACACAAUGGCUCCGAGGGGAGCCUGCAGCCUUCUGAGGUAUGGCCAGCUUAGAGAAACUCUGGAGGAAGCCAUCUUGUCUAAUGAGUUGACUUGUCUUGUGCAAGAAUUAUUACAAGGUUUUGUUCCAGAAGCACUCUCAGCUAGUCAGGCUAGAGCUCAGUCCUGCUUGCUGGAUAAGACAGUAGGGUUUAAGGAACUUACAAAUCCAUUAUUUUUAAUUUUAUUUUUUAAAUAGCCUUUGUUUGGUGGUCCAGAUGAAGCAGAUCUGACUGUCUCCAGUUUGGUCUCUGAGCUACCCUCAGAUCACAUCGGUGUCAGCACAUAUCAUCAGCUCAGAAAUGAAGCAUUUUCACCUCCUCCUGGCACCUCAGGAUGAGAACAGAAAUACCUACAAUUUUGAGCACUUUGAAAAACUCCCAAUUUUACCAUUCAUUAUUAUGAGGUUCAAAUUCUUACUGAAGGUCUCGUUUUUCCAUGCCAUCUUGUUUUAAAUACAAUCUCGAUGAUUUUAAAAUCUUGUAUUAUUGCUGAGGUUUAGAAUCCUGUAAGAAUAACAACCUUUUUUUAUUUCAAUAAUUUUUUCGGUAUUGUAUCCUUCUGGGACCUAACGUUUUUAUAUGGUAAGCACACACCUUCUGACAUUUUGUUAUAACUGUAUUAAAAAAUAAAAAAUUAAAUAUUUUCAUUGGUUUCUUUGCCUGUAAGAAAACCACAACCUUUGACCUGGUAAGAACAAGGUAUUUUGAACAACAGGGAGAGGUUUUUUUUUGUCUUUUAUUGGUGCUGAAAGGAAUUACUGGUUGAUGCAGACAAGAUAAUAAAAUUUCAAGGCUCAAAUGUU